CUGUACGUACCUACCUGUGGGUCUGCUGGGAUAUCAAGCUGUUAAAGUGGAGCUGGACCAUCUUUUCAUUUAAAGCUUGAAGUUGAGGGAUUUUUUCCAGAUUAACAGUGAGUCCACUUGCUCUUGAACACUAACAAGACAAACAGAAAGACAAGAAGAUACUAAGGGCUCGUACGAAGUGCGACCAGCAGCAUGUCUGGAUCUAUACCCUUCUACCAGAAGCACCAUCGGCACUAUGAUCGUGGCUACCGCAGCUUGGAGGCAGAGUCUAAAAUGAGCCACUACCAGUCCAGCAGCAGAUACACUGCUGGCAGCAGCAGCUUUGCCGCCACCAGGAGCAGGGGACUUAAAGUGUCUUCACACUCUGGACUGGAGGAGAGCAGACUAAGCCCCUUACCCAAGAAAGCCAAGCCAACUUACUUGGCUGUGGACAAAGAGAACCAAAUCAUCGGCUAUGUAGUGCCUAUCUUCAGGGGCAGUCAAGAGUUUGCUACAGGAUUAUCAGAUACAGAGGAAGCCAGAGUGAGGGACUCUGCUGCAUACAUGGCCCGCAGGAAUUUGUUCACCAGUGGUGUGGAGAUGGAGAGGUCAGAGCUGAUCUCCAGGAAGGAGGCCAUGCGUGAGUCGGCUGAGCGCAUCUCUCUGAAAAAAAGGAUCCAUGAACACGAGGAACACUUCAAGCGCAUGAACGAAGACAGCCUGAUGCACGCCCCAGAGUUUGUGAUUAAACCUCGCUCCCACACUGUGUGGGAGAAGCAGUGUGUGCGGCUGCAUUGCACUGUCAGUGGCUGGCCCGAUCCCCGGGUCACCUGGCACAAAAACAAUGUGGCAAUAGACCCACUUGCCUACCCUGGCAAAUAUAAACUUGAGAGCAGAUACAACGUGCACUCACUGGAGAUCAACAGAUGUGAUUUUGAUGAUACAGCCCAGUACCACGUCUCUGCCACAAACUGCGAGGGAGAGCAAUCUGCAUUUGCUUCUGUCGUAGUCAAAAGGUUCAAAGGUGACAUUGAUGAGUCGCUGCCAGCACCCAGACAUGGCCCAGUUUUGGAGUACGGCAUUAACUUCCAGACUCACAUUGUUGAUAAGUUUGGCGUGUCAUUUGGAAAAGAGGGUGAGACCAUGAGUCUUGGGUGUACAGUCAUCAUCUACCCUUCCCUGCAUCGCUACCAGCCUGAGGUUCAGUGGUACAGAGACGAUGUUCUGCUGUGUCCCUCUAAAUGGACCCACACACACUGGAGUGGAGACCGAGCCACACUGACACUCACACACCUCAACAAAGAGGACGAGGGGCUCUACACCCUGCGUGUCACCACUAAAUCUGGAUAUGAAACAUACUCGGCCUACAUCUUUGUCAGAGAUUCUGAUGCUGAGGUGGAAGGUGCUCCUGGAGCCCCUCUGGAUGUCUUCUGUCUGGAUGCAAACAAGGAUUACAUUAUUGUCACUUGGAAGCAGCCAGCUGUUGAUGGAGGAAACUCCAUCCUGGGCUACUUUGUGGACAGGUGUGAAGUUGGAACCACCCACUGGAUUCAGUGCAAUGACACUCCAGUCAAGUUUGCUCGUUUCCCUGUCACUGGUUUGGUGGAGGGUCGCUCUUAUGUCUUCCGUGUGCGUGCUGUCAACAAGAGCGGCAUAAGCCGUCCAUCAAGAGUUUCUGAGCCAGUGGCUGCCAUGGACCCUGCUGAUCGUGCACGCAUGAGAGGCACUUCUGCUCCCUGGACUGGACAAAUCAUUGUCACAGAGGAAGAGCCUGCAGAGGGUGUUGUUCCCGGCAGACCUCGUGAGCUGCAGGUGACUGAGGCAACCAAAAACUAUGUGGUGCUGAGCUGGAAACCACCUGGGGAGAAAGGCCUUGAGGGAGUCAUGUACUAUGUGGAAAAGUGUGUGUCUGGCACAGACAGCUGGCAGAGGGUGAACACAGAGAUCCCUGUAAAGUCUCCUCGAUUUGCACUUUUUGAUCUCGCUGAAGGCAAAUCUUACAGCUUCCGUGUCCGAUGCUGCAAUGCUGCUGGUGUUGGCGAACCAUCAGAUCCAACUGAGGCCACCACAGUUGGCGACAAGCUUGAUAUCCCAUCUGCUCCAGGAAAAGUUGUUCCUACAAGAAACACAGAUACAUCAGUUGUUGUGAGCUGGGAAGCAUCUAGUGAUGCCAAAGAGUUGGUGGGUUACUAUAUCGAGGGAAGCAUUUUGGGCAGCAACGUGUGGGAGCCAUGUAACAAUAAGCCUGUAAAGGGAACCAGGUUCAUCUGCCAUGGGUUGAUGACUGGAGAGCAAUAUGUGUUCAGAGUGAGGGCCGUGAAUGCCGCAGGGCUCAGCCAGUUCUCCCCGGAGUCAGAGCCUGUGGAGGUGAAGGCUGCUAUCGCCUCACCUGCUCCACCCUAUGGUAUCACUGUUCUGGAGUGUGUGCGCGACUCCAUGGUGCUGGCCUGGAAACAGCCAACCUUCAUUGGAGGUGCUGACAUCACCGGCUACUUUGUUGAUUACCGUGAGGUCAUUGAUGGCGUAGCCGGGAAGUGGCAUGAGGCUAACAUCAAAGCUGUCAGUGAGAGGGCCUACAGGGUGUCCGACCUGCAUGAAAACAGGAAGUAUCAGUUCCAGGUGAGAGCAGCCAACAUGGCAGGCGUUGGCAUCCCAUCACUGCCCAGCAACACUUUCCUGUGUGAGGAGUGGACCAUUGCUGUACCAGGACCCCCUCACGAUCUACAGAUUAGAGAGGUGCGAAAUGACUCCCUGGUGUUACUAUGGAAACCUCCUGUAUACCAGGGCCGUGAUCCAGUCAACGGGUUCUACAUUGACAUCAAGGAAGCAGAUGCCCCAGAGGAAGCCUGGAGGGGAAUCAACACCAAGGCUACAGAGAAAACGUACAUCAAGAUUAAGAAUCUUAAAGAGGGAGAGAUAUACGUGUUCCGUGUGCGUGCUCAGAAUAAAGCCGGUGUUGGAAAAACAUCAGAUGUUACAGAGCCGGUCCCUGCUCUGACCAAACCAGGCACCAAGGAUAUUGUAGUGGAUGUUGAUGAUGAUGGUGUUAUCUCCCUGAACUUUGAAUGCUGUGACAUAACCCCCGACUCCAAAUUCUUGUGGGCCAAGGAUUAUGUAGAACUCACAGACACCUCCCGUUUGACUACAGAGACCAAGGGAAACAAGUCUAAAGUUGUGUUCAACACUCCAGGGGAGGAGGACAUAGGUGUCUACUCAUGUCUGGUCACCCACACUGAUGGUGCUUCCUCCAGCUACACCCUCUCUGAGGAAGAGUUGAAGAGGCUGCUGGAGAUCAGUCAUGACCACAAAUUCCCCAUUAUUCCCCUGAAGUCAGAGUUGGCUGUAGAGCUGAUGGAGAAGGGUCGAGUGCGCUUUUGGCUGCAAGCGGCACAGAUGUCUGCAAAUGGCAAAGUCGAUUAUGUUUUUAAUGAUAACGUUCUCUCUCAAGGGGAGAAAUACAAGAUGAAUUUUGACAAGAACACUGGUGUGAUUGAGAUGGUCAUGGAGUCUCUGACUCCAGAAGAUGAGGGCACCUUCACCUUCCAGCUGAAAGAUGGGAAAGCUACAAACCAAUCCAGCUUGGUGCUGAUUGGGGAUGUUUUCAAGCAACUGCAGAAAGAAUCAGAGUUCCAGAGAAAAGAAUGGUUCAGAAAGCAGGGUCCUCAUUUUAUUGAGUAUUUGGGUUAUGAGGUGACUCCGGAGUGCUGUGUUGUGCUCAAGUGCAAGGUCGGUAACAUGAAGAAGGAGACUGCAGCUCUGUGGUAUAAAGACGGACACGAGAUCAAAUCCGACGAGCACCUCGGCUUCACAGAGGGAGUUCUGAAGCUGGAGAUUGCUCAAAUUUCCAAGAAGGAUGCUGGUGUGUAUGAGGUUGUUCUAAAGGAUGACAGAGGAAAAGACACUUCCACACUGAAUCUGACAGAUCAAGGUUUUAAAGACUUGAUGAAUGAAGUUUUCAGUUUUAUUGCCAAUUCCUCCACUCCACUAAAGAUCACAAGCACAGAUGAGGGCAUCCGACUCUACACCUUUGUCAGCUACUAUAACGAUUUACUCCAAGUCACAUGGCACUACAAGGAUUCGGCAAUCGCCUUCUCUGAUCGUAUAAAGAGCGGCGUGGUCGGAGAUCAGCUCUGGCUUCAGAUCACAGAGCCCACAGAAAAAGACAUGGGCAAAUAUGCCAUUGAGUUUAACGAUGGAAAGGGCGGCUUGAAGAGGACUGUAGAGCUCUCUGGUCAAGCAUUUGAUGAUGCUUUCGCAGAAUUCCAGAGACUUAAAGCUGCAGCAAUUGCAGAGAAAAAUCGUGCUCGGGUAGCAGGAGGUCUGCCUGAUGUGGUCACUAUACAGGAGGGCAAGGCUCUUAAUCUGACCUGCAACAUUUCGGGUAACCCGGUGCCAGAGGUCACCUGGCUGAAAAACGACAGGGAGAUCACGUCCGAUGAGCACUGCAUCCUGAAGUUUGAGUCGGGCAAGUUCGCCAGCUUCACCAUCACUGCUGUAAACACGUCAGACUCCGGCAAGUACAGCAUCCUGGUGAAGAACAAGUACGGCACAGAGAGUGGAGACUUCACCGUAAGUGUCUUCAUCCCAGAUGAGGCAGGCGGCAAGAAAAAGUAAAAAAAAUAAAAUAAAAAAAGCGGUCCAAGUCUUAUCGUAAAUAUUUGUAAAUGACAAAUAUAAAGCAUUUAAAAGGAAAAGAGGGUUUGAGAAUGUGUGACAUGUUUUGUGUAAUGUCAAAAAGAAACUCAAGAGGUGCUGAAUCUGAACAUAAAACAGUUCAGAGAGAAGUCUGGAGUCCAGCUAAGAAUUGAUGCGCACAUUUGGUCCAACAUGAGAAAAUCUAACAAAAGAAUUUUUUUUGCACCAACUCCAAAUUUAAGUGGUGCAAAUAAGUUUGUGUGGAGCUGCAGCAUGCAUAAGAAAAUAAAAUCCAACAUUAUUUAAAAAGGGAAAGUUAAAGAUUAUUGUAAAAGUCUUGUGUUAAUUAGAUGUGAAGCUAAGUCACUGAAAAGGUUAGUGUGAAAUGUUUAGUCAGAAAUUUAAAUGUUUUUACAUUUGCUACAAAUUUUGUGGACUUUCCAAGCUUCCUAGAUCCAGAACUAAUCUGCACAAUUCUUAAUUUUACGAUAAAGUUUAACUAAUUUAAUGUGUUACAUCUUCCAGAGACAUAAGAUUGAGAUUCACUGUUAAAAAUCUUUCACCUAAGUAAGCGAGGCAGAUCUGGGGCAUGUUCUGUGAAGACAAAUUUCUAUUUUAUUUACAUUCGAACAGUACUUUUUUUGCUAAUUCUGCUUCCUUCGUAGGUUUCUUUGUGGAAACAGUAUUGCUUUUGGCUUGUUUCUAUCCUUCAUAUUCAUUUAGCAGUACAGUCAGUACUGGAUCCAUGUUUCUCAUUGGUUACAUUGUCUGAUUGGACUCCCCCUUCUACAAGAACAUGUUUGAAAACCUGAGUUGAUGAGCUCAUACCUAGCAAAAGUAACCUGAUGCUAAACUUCAUGAAGUAAACAAAAACAAAAUUAGUAGCAAAUGGAUUAAAACAUGCAAUUUUGUUAGAUUUAUGUUUGUUCCAUUGUAUUCAUAGUCACUUUAAAUGUAUCAUAACAUCACUUUGUCUCACUGUCUGUAGUGAAUACUGUAAUGUCAUCAAACUGUCUGCUCAUUACUAUUGAUGUUAUUCACUGUUGUCAUGACACCCCCACCAUUAAUUACCACAAUGUAUUAGUGAUAUUGAUGCCACUACAAUUAAGACUGUGAGGUCACUGUUAAUACCAACAGUAGUGAUUAUUGCUUCACUUUCUGUUCCCGUUUUCUGAUGAGACUAAUAAAAAGUAGCACGUAC